GGAGGAGGAGGGAGAAAAGGAGCAGAGAUAGAAGGGGUGAGAGGAAGGAAGGGAGAGACAGGCAGUCAGCCAAGGAGGGGAAAAGUUGAGUGUGAGCCAGAUUUUAGCCGAUUUUUCAGAGAGAGAGAGAGAGAGAGGAGGGGGGGCUGCUGUUGAACAGACUAGCUGCAGUUGUCCUCAGACCUCCAGUGCUUCAAUGCUCUUCACUUCUGUUUUACCGGCUGGAUUGCGCGUGUCCCUCAAAAGGACACACAGAUUUACCUGCUUAACAGAGGUCAGGGGACAACCAAAUAACCGAAAAACGGUGCCAGAUGGAGUUCUAGAAACUUCUUAUUCUCAGCUGGGCAGAUCCUUGUGCUUCCAGAUCUCUUGAGACCUCGACAGGCCUUUGACAGAAGGAAUCUUAUGUUUGACUUUAGGAACUGCAAGCACAGAUUGAUCUAGAGCACAAGAGCUGAGAAGCGUACAGGAGCCUUUGCAUCUUGAGGACUUCUGGGAAACUGACAAAACUGGACGUGAACUGCUGAGGAAGACAGGUGCACCUGAAAGUUAAGUGGAGGAUGGAGACACAGAGCAGAGGACGACUGAGAGGAGGCGGUGGUGGCGUGCCUUCAGAAAGAACUGCGUGCUGUCUUCUGCUCACACUCAUCAUUGGUGUGUGCUGCGUUCAUGCUCUGGAGAUGUCUACCGGUAAGAUUCCAUUUCUAGAAGCAGUGAAUGGCAGCACAGUCCUUCUGCCCUGCACAUAUGCCAGUUGCAUUGGGAUCACUAACCUCUACUUCAAAUGGGAGUUCAAUGAUAAUGGCACCAUGCAGAAGGUGGCUGAUUCUGUAAUUCCAACAGACCAUGUGGAGCCAAAUAAAGUGAAUGUUUACCGUGAGAGAGUGGACUAUGUUGGCUCCAGUAAAGAAAAUAACAUCUCCAUCCUGCUUUGGAAUGUAACAUUUGAGGAUGCAGGAGUCUACACCUGCUUUGGCAAAAACCCCAAAGAGAAGGGCAAGAAUCACAGCGCCUAUUUCACUCUAUAUGUGGUAGAGGAAUUAAAGCAGGUUGAUAACACACUUACCAUCAUCAUUGCCUCCUGUGUCGGCGGAUUCAUCGCUUUGUUAAUGACGUUCAUGCUGCUAAAGAACUUCACUCUGUUCGUUCUCGCAAAGAUUGAGGAAAAAAAUAAGGAGUGCCUUGUCACCUCCUCAGGGAUUGAUAACACAGAGAACGGUCUGUCGGGCUCCAAAUCUACACCAAAGAAAGCAUGACAGCGUGCAACCAAACACAGUCCCACAUGCACGUGAACACAUGGAUCAGCCAUCAUGCUGUGCCCUCUCUUUUUAUUCACAUCCGUGUUUACAAAUGCUAUAAAUAGGUUUUUAUGAUAUAGAGCAGUCAUAGUAGGCCUAUUAAAGGGGUCAUCAGAUGCAACAUACAUGCACUUUUGCAACUGAAAUGCGUUGGCAGUGUGUUUACACAAACACCCCUAUAAUGAUAAAGGUCCACCCAGUGUAUUUUAUUUUAAUCUCAUUAAAUAACGUACCCUUUCUUAUAUAAAGCCAUUCUAAUUCAAUGCCUGUCUGUGUGACAUCACACAGCCCCCUCCCAUGAUUGUCGAUUGACACUAACGUUUUUCUUCGCUGCCUUCACGUCAUGUAGUUAUUCUGAGAUGACAACACUUGACAUUCUACUUCUAAUCUAAAUUAUGUGUUUCUAUUGCAACACUAUCAACGACAAAGCCCUCACUUGCUCCUUAAUUUGUAAACUCUGACCACUGACAGAUGUACCACAUGACCGCUGCUAGGUUCAUUUUGGCUCUACUAAGGCUGGGUACACACUAAAAGAUUUUUUUUAAGAUUUCACGGUUUUGCCUCUAUAGUGUGUGGUGUUCCACAAUGUGAUGAAGACGGCACACCACACAACAGAUUUUCAUCCCGACUGUAAACACGGGAAAUCUCGCAAAAUCUCUUGAGACUUGAGAAUAAAUAUGUUUUCCAAGACACUUCGUAUCGGGACAUUACCUAGGAUUGUCGGAAGAGGGCAAAUUGGCUCAAAAUUAGCCUGAUUAUCUUGUGGUGUGUACCCAGUCUUAGGUGCUUCCUCUGAGUCCAACAACAUGGGAAUCUAGGAGUAAAAUACCCUGUGUUGUCAUCUCAGAAUUACAGCAUGGCGUGAACACAACAUUACCUUAGUUCUGCCAUGAGUGAGCUGUCAUCAGUCUGCCAUUGUUCUGAAGCAGGAGCAGAUGUAGUCAAGAAUGGCACUUAAGCGUUAUUUUGAUGGAUUUAAUAAUGAACAUAGCAGUCGUCAUUUACUCCUGACAUCUGAGCCGUUGGAUUACCUUUGUUUUUGUACGGAAUGCUCCCCAGAUCUAUCUAAAUGUGUAAAUCAAUUGUGAUCUUGCUUCAUCUACAGGAGAAGUGAUUACAAAGAUUCAUAAAAGAACCUUAUAAAUCGCCUUAGCUAAUGAUGUGCUGCAAGGUCCGUAGCUGAAGUAAAGAGUCCCCUGGAAGAGAGGAGCAGGGUCAGCAGAGCUCAUUACCAUUUAAAGGAACAUGGAUUAAAAUGGCUUGCUGACAACAGAGCUGAUUUUGACACUGUUAAAAGGUAUAUUAUAAGCUUUUAAUUAUUAUUAGGACCCUAAAGAAUCAUAUCAACUUUCUGGAAAAUGGGCAACAGAUGACCCCUUUAAACCAGAUUUUCAUUCAUAACAUUUCCAUGGAUGACAUUCAUAAAAUAAUUUUAAACAGUUGAUGCAUAAACACAGAUAUGAAUAAAAAGAGGGGCACAAAGUAUUUCUGCAUAUAUUUAAAUUUAUAUAUGCAUUUAAAUAUGCACCACACAUGCAGCCUCACGCACUUUAGUUUCUUGGCCCACACUGAAUCUGUGGACUAUAUUUAUUCUUAUGAUAGAAAAAAAAAAAAUUUCUUCAACAAUGCUUGACACAGGGAUAAAUGUAGCUAUGCUAUUCAUUUAGUUCAUUGAACUGGACUGUAAAACUGUGAAGGGCCCAUGGCCUUGUUUGUACUGUAGGUAUGUGACUAAAGUAGGUUUCUUGUGUUAAAAAAAAAAAAAAAGAAAAAAAGAAAUGCAGUGCUGUUUGUCAAACGGCCAUCGACCUUGAAAAAUAUAUCUGUUGUAGAAAGAUCAGUUAUGCAACAGUGUUUUGCAUCGUUUUACUGACAGAAGACAGACUGUCAUAGCUGGUUAAUGACACUGCAUGUUUUAAUGCAGUACCUCUGAAUAGAGGAAAAAAAAUGAAAAAAUUAAAAAAUAAAUCAGUAGGACAUGAAGGGAGAAUUAGGCCUUAUUUAAACAGUCUUGAGUCCAGUUCAAAAUAAACCUCAUUACCGUUUUUGCUUGAAAAUUAAACACAGGUGCCUGUUAAUGCUUCUGUCGCCACCUUUUCGGCGAGGUUGACUGAAUCAAUGCAGAACAUUACAAUGCAAAAAAAAGAAGAAAAAAAAAGCGCUGCAAAAGCCACCAAACAGUUAGUUAAUACAAGCUAAUGAAUGAUACUUGACAAUCUGUAGAAAUCAGUAUCCUCUUAGAGAAAUCCCUGAAUGAAACACUGAAAAUGCUGCUUCAAAUAAUUUUCAAUGCAUUAUAGCAUGUGUUAAAUGGCCAGAAGUUUUAGGAGUACAUUGCUGACUAUAACAGUAGAAACAUUGUAUGUAAUGCUUUUUUAUUGAAAUAUUGAAACAAAAUUGUCACAUACUGAACAUAGUUAUCAUCAGCUUUGAAACAAAACAAAAAAAAUAGCUGGGUGAAUUUCCAUGCAAAACAAAAUAUGAUUACCAAAAGGGGGAAAAAAAAUUAUAUAACCUUUUGAUGCAAACAGACAUACUGUGACCGGAAAACCAUGCAGCUCACCCUAUGACAUAAUGAAAAUGCAAUAUUUAAAAAGGCAAUAAACUCAUCAUCAUACGGUCAUGCAAAACAAGUAACUAAAUGAAACAGUAUAUAUAUGAUGUAAAUAUAGAUUUAAUAAUCGAGACAUGGCUGAAUAUAGUCUCAAAUUUUCAGAAGUUCAGCUAAUAAGCAUUUCAAACUUUCACUUGAAGGAUUCAGGGAAUUCAGUGGAGACAAGAGAAGGGACUGACGUCAAGCAAGUCUGGUGAGGUCUGUUCAUUCAGUUAGAAAAGAAAUAUCAAUAAUCAAUAGACAAAAUGUACAAAUAAUCUGUUUUUAAAAUACAGAGGUGCUGUACAAAACUCUAAACGACUGACAACAGAUUAUCCCAUUAUUUUAAUUCAAUUUUUGUCCCUUUAGUUAAAUUUUAUUUAGUGAGAUUUUAACAAAGCUGUUAAUAUAAAUGCUGAAACAAAUCUAAUGAUUUGCUUUAGAGAGCUCACCAGUUACUAAUGAAUCCUUGAUAUUUUUUUUUACAGGUCUUCAGAUUUUGCAAUUGUAAAUGUUACUGUGAAUCUUGAAUGAUGUUGGUCAAGUCUUCCUUAAAAAAGCAGCUUGUUUUCAGUGCCAAAUAUACAAUCUAGUCAGACGUUGUAACUAUAGAGCACAAGAAACCGUAGGAGAAAUCUGGUACAUUAAUACCAUAUUUGGACCUGAAAAACAUCUAUAAAAGCAAUGUGUACUGUAUUACCCCUAUGUAACAUCACUAAAUGUCUAUUAAAACUGGAAUUUAAUUUGGAAAUAUAUUUAACAUUGUAAAGGGGAGUAGCUGAAAUUAUGUUUGUUAACGGGUAAAAACAGUUGUGAAUGUUAUUAAUCCUCAGAUUGUUUUUAAAUAUAUUAUGGCACACAUGUCCGUAAAGCAAUACACAUUUAGAGGGCUCUUUUGCUUCUUUUAAUAAGAAAUAUUGGAAAGGUACAUUCAUACAUUUUCAAAGCACUUGUACUACCUCUUAUUCAAACAUGUUCAUAUGAUUGUGCUAAACCUGCAUUUAAUAUUUUAGAACAGUUGAGGUUUUCUCAGGUCGCUCAGUGAAAGAGUUUGAUAUUCUGCUUGAUGUUGGGCUUUUAAUUAAUGUUAUCCUUACGGUCUCCCCUCUAUUAAUGCACUAUUUUAUUAACAUUAGUUUUGGUUGCAUUAUUUGUCAUGUAUAGUCAUGGUCUAAAAUUGUGAAUCACAUUUUUCAACCAAACCACAAACAUUAGGAGUGAAUGCAAAGGGGAAGUUUCCACCAUUAUUUGAAGUGAAUGUUUUUCCUAAAAAGCAUUUCUCUGUUGAUCUUUUGACACUGGAAUGCGUGUCCGAAACCCUCAAAACAGACUAACAUUUAACGUAGCCAAAAACUGAUUCUAAAAACUUGUGUGAAGCUUUGUGGAAAACCUGAAAAAGAAAAUGCCUGAGACAAAGCAAUAACAGAGGAUGUGGAAGAAACCAAUUAAAAAGGUGGAUGACUGCUUUUAUUUUUUUCAGUUAAUUGUAGUUUUUAGUCAUUCAGAUGGAUGGAGAAAAUGUCUUAUAAUGGGAAAAACCCAGAAUACUUUUUUUUUGCUUUAUGAAGACUGAGCUACACCAGAUUGUUGAGACAAAAAUGUAAGACCAAGGGGAAUAGAGGCCUCAAGGACUCAAACGUCCACAGAGUCAGUAGAACACUGCCUUAGAGGAGUACUGAUGGAAAAUGACUUGGAAUUUAAACCAAUCUGGUUUAACCAAACCAAAAUGGUUGAUCUGAGCUCAACACACAGUAGACAUUGUUUGACAUCAGUCCCUGUAAAACUGAAUGUAAAACACAUGAUGUAUCAUAGAUGCGCCACUCAGCCCAUUAUCCAGAAAUCUUGAUCCCAUUGUUUCUUUAGGCCAGUGUGCAGGCCUGUUAUUCCCCAUUGGACUGCACAGUCAUGCAUAUAUUUCUUUAUAAUAAGAAGCAACUAAAAUAAAAUGUUUUGGAUAAAACAA